UCUUCCUCUUCCUCAACUUCAUCUCACCCACCCAGCCUUUCAAUGGCUCCUCCAAAACCUCCCUACAUCUGCCUGAAAUGCAGGCCCCUUAGUCGGCGAACUUUCUCCUCCUCCGCCCGUCAUUCGCAAGAUGUGCGACCGCCGACCGCGCCCAAACCCACGCUGGACCUGAAGCACAUCCGCCUGAACCCCGAGCUAUACGCCCAGAACUGUCGCGACCGCAACUACCCCACGCAUGCACAACACCCCUUCACCAUCCAGCAACUGUAUGAAGAAAUCGGCGAGAUCACCGUGAACCUGCGAACGCCGCGGGCCGAGAUCAAGAAACUGGAGCAAGCCAUCGCGCAAGUGGUCGCCGCGGAAGCGAAGAACAACAACAACCAAGGCGAUGGGGCCACCGCCGCCGAGACAAGCAUGUCCCGAUUGCGCGCGGACGCCGCCCGGCUGCGACAAGCCUUCCACGGGAUGACCACGCGCCAGCAGGAGUGCGAAGACGAGAUGCAGCGGCUGGCGCUGUCGCUGCCCAACCUGUCCUCAGAAUCGACCCCGGUCGGCGAUUCGCCAACCCUAAUCUCCUACCUCAACUUCGACCCAUCCUCCCCGCUGCCGGACUGGGCCACCAGGCCGGAUCCCACGCGCUCCCAUGUCCACAUCGGCACGACGCUGGGCCUCUUGGACUUCACCAGCUCAGCCACGACCACCGGCUGGGGGUGGUACUUCCUCACCAACGAAGGCGCACUCCUCGAGCAAGCCCUGAUCCAAUACGCACUGACGGUCGCGCGCCGCCACGGCUGGAAACCCGUCUCGCCGCCAUCGAUCGUCUACUCACACAUCGCCGAUGCCUGCGGCUUCCAACCCCGCGACCAACACAACGAACAACAGAUCUUCACCCUGGAGCAGGCAGAGAAGGACCGCAGCAGCAGCGGGGCCAAACCGCAGCGCGCACUAGCCGGCACGGCCGAGAUCCCACUGGCCGCGAUGCACGCGAGCCGGACCUUCGAAGCGAGCGAGCUGCCGCUCAAACUCGUAGGACCGAGCCGAUGCUACCGCGCGGAAGCGGGGUCCCGGGGCGUGGACACGAAGGGCCUGUACCGCGUCCACGAAUUCACCAAAGUGGAGAUGUUCGCCUGGGCGGACUCGCUCGCCGACGGCUCACCCUCCUCCGAUGACCUCUUCGCCGAGCUCCUAACCAUCCAAACCGAAAUCUUCCGGUCCCUGGGCCUCCCAGCUCGCAUCCUGGAAAUGCCCACCACAGACCUAGGCGCCAGCGCCAGCCGCAAGCGCGACAUCGAAGUCCUGUUCCCGUCGCGCGUGCGCGCUGCCCCCACUGCCGCCGACGCCCCCGCCGCUACUGCAGCAGUAGCAGGACUGGAAUCCGCCUGGGGCGAAGUAACCUCCGCCUCGAUCUGCACAGACUACCAAAGCCGCCGGCUCGCGACCCGCGUGCGUGGCGGCGGCGCUGCUGCUGCCUCCGGCAAGGACGGCAAGAAAACGCGCUACCCGCACACGGUCAACGGUACUGCUAUGGCCGUUCCGCGUGUGCUGGCUGCGCUGCUGGAACAUGGUUGGGACCCCGCGAGGCAGGUGGUGGUUGUUCCUGAGGUGUUGAGGCCUUGGAUGGGCGGGAUUGAGGUUAUUGGUGCGCAGGAGAAGUAAUUUUCAUCCCGUCGACUGGUUAUACUUAAGUCGAAGCGAGUAUGCCAGGAGGCUGAAAGGAAGG